UAAACAGGCAGGCACCCGGGCAAUAUUUCAAAUUUCCAAGAAAAUAUAUUCUUAUUACCUCUAAUUGUCCGUAUAUACAUAGUAGUCUUUGUCUAAUUUGUCCAAUUACAAUUGCCUCAAAUCUCAAUUUCUUAUGAACUUUUUCGACAUUUAAACUUAAGUAUAAUUUCUAGAUCUUAAACCUUAGAAGAAAAUUUUGUUUGAAAAUUUAUAAAUUCAAAAUGAAUUCCCCAAGAGCUUCAAGUUCACCGUCAUAUAGAAAUCUUAGAUGCAAACAUUCACAAUCUCCAGUAGAGUUAAAAGAAAAAAUGAGAAAGGAUUACAAGGAUAAGAUACAAAAAUGUCGAAACAUGUUAAUGAACAGGUUUCGUGGACCUUUAGCCGAGGAUGAUCUCCAACAAACUUUAACUAAGUUAUACAAAGAUACAUUUAAUUUCACUGAAGAUUUUUCUGUUUAUGAAGAUAAUGAAGUCCUUGAGGAAAUAAAAAAAGAAUUAAUUCAGGAGGAACUUGAAUGGUACACUCAAGAAUAUGAAAAAUCUCAAACAGAUAAUAUUGAUUGGUCUUUAUAUCAAGUUGAAGAUCAUGUAAUUUGUCCAGUGUGCCAAAAAAAUGACUUUAAAUUUAAUCUAGGGGUGGUCUCAUGUGAUAAAUGUAAAAUAGUAUUAAAAACUCGAUUAUCUUUAUCAGAAAUAAAGAAUAGUAUUUAUGAAUCAAUAGAAAGACAUAGUAAAAAAUGCAACUCUGAUACUCAAUUUUCAAUGAUUCCUGAAUUAGAUGAAAACCAUAUUUAUCUUAUGUGCGAUGCUUGUUUAGAAAUGCAGUUAAUAGUGUAAACAUUUUGAUAAUAAUUUGUUAUUGUUUAGAAGUAUUUACUCUUUUUUCAUAAAUUUGUUAAAUAAAAGUUUGUUCUUUUAGUAUU